UUAACAUUUUUAAUCUGUGAUGAAAUUGACGUGCUCGGGGCAAGUGUUAUCGAUUCUUCUUCACAAAUUUCCAUGUCUGUCUUUUUCCAGUUAACGAAAUAUUUUUGUGACUCCAUGGUAAAUUAGAAGGAUAAGUGAGUUUAUGUUGUUGUCUGACAGAGGCCUUGUAAGAUGCUAAGUGGCGGAGGGGUUAUGAAAGCCGUAUAGAAUGCGGUGGUAGGCAGAAGUUGGGUGUGUUGUGGAGGUCGGGAGCUCGCGAGGCGCGAUGGCGGCGGACACGGCCGUGGCGCCCACCCCCGAGGAGACCCUGGAGUCGCUGCUGCGAGAGGCGGAAGCCCUCAAACAGAAACUGGAAGAGGAGCGCCAGAAGCUCAACGAUGUUACUCUUUCUUGCGUGGCAGAGCGACUGGAGCAAAUCAACUUUCCAAAUCUAAAACUGCGGCGUGUGCUCAAGGGCCACCAGGCCAAAGUCCUGUGCUCCGACUGGUCACCAGAUAAACGGCACAUCGUUUCAUCUUCACAGGAUGGCAAGGUGAUAGUGUGGGAUGCGUUCACGGCCACCAAGGAGCUCACCAUCGCCAUGCCCAGCACCUGGGUCAUGGCCUGCGCCUACGCGCCCUCCGGCAACAUGGUGGCUGCCGGCGGGCUGGACAACAAGGUGACGGUGUUCCCGCUGGGCGGCGCGGGCGACGAGGAGCCGGCCGCGCGCAAGCGCACCGUGGCCACGCACACGUCCUACAUGUCCUGCUGCGUGUUCCCCAACACCGACCGCCAGAUCCUCACGGGCAGCGGCGACGGCACCUGCGCGCUGUGGGACGUGGAGUCCGGCCAGCUGCUGCAGAGCUUCCAGGCGCACGCGGCCGACGUGAUGUCGCUGGACCUGGCGCCGUCGGACAUGGGCGACACGUUCGUGUCGGGCGGCUGCGACCGCGCCGUGCUGGUGUGGGACCUGCGCACCGGCGCCGCCGUGCAGGCCUUCGACACGCACGACUCCGACGUCAACAGCGUGCGCUACCACCCGUCCGGCGACUCGCUGGCGUCCGGCUCCGACGACUCCUGCUGCCGCCUGUUCGACCUGCGCGCCGACCGCGAGGUGGCGCGCUACAGCAAGGAGAGCAUCAUCUUCGGCGUGAACUCGGUGGACUGGUCGGUGUCGGGGCGGCUGCUGUUCGCGGGCUACAGCGACUACACGGCGUGCGCGUGGGACGCGCUGCGCGCCGCGCGCGUGUGCGUGCUGUGCGGGCACGAGCACCGCGUGACGCGCGUGCAGCUGGCGCACGACGGCACCGCGCUGGCCACCGCCUCCUGGGACGCCACGCUGCGGAUCUGGGCGUAAGCCGCCCGAGCGACAUUCCACCGCGCGGCCCCGCUCAACUGCGUCGACGGAGCGGGGAGAUGUGUAUUCGCCAAGUUAUUUCGGUUUCGACUGUCAAAGGCGAGGAGUCUGGUGUGUGAGUGAAGUGUUCACACGGAAGCAUUGAAUAGUUUGACGUGCGCUACACAGUAGGUAGGUUCUCGUAUCUAUGUAUGAAUUAGCGAGGUGUGAUAUAGUAUUGCGCGAGAGAUCUGUAUUUAGUUCAUUCCGUCGUUAUUGUUAAGUAAUUUCGAGAGAGCUCGUCGUCCGGGAAGCCAGGAUUUCAAAAUAUCCGUUUAAUAUGCAGUCCUGAGAAUAUUAUCUGACACAUGAAGUAAUAGUCUAGACAAGCCAGUAUAAUAUCGGUACAUUGACGCUGGGUAGCUCGUGUGGAGCCGUCAGGCGCCGCGCGAGCCCCGGCUCCCGGUCGGCGUGCAGAAGUAUGAAUGUCGUGAGCGAGGCUCUCAACACUUGUAUAGUUUUCUCUUGUAUAAAGCGAUAGCAAUAGUGUGUUUGUAUAGAAAUCUGCAUGUGUACCUACGAUAAGCUCGAAGAUUAUGUUUGAAGCCAAUAAAGUAUUCAGUAUUUUGUUAAAAAAAAAGUUUGAAAUCAAAGAUUAUUAUAAAAUUUAUAAUAGACUAGUAGUUUGUAAAUAACCGGCGAGAAUCCUCGCCGACGAGUUAGUUCGCAGCGCGGCCGGACUCGUGCAUCCAAAGACUACGCUAGUUCUCCGCGGGCGGCGGCGACCUGACAAUAAGAGCGCGAGUGUCCCGCGGAUUCUCUGUAAAUAUAUUCCUUGUAAGCGCGUGGAAGGCGGUCCCGUUAGUGUGUAUUUAUUUCUCCAGUGGGCUUAGUGUGAGUUUACAUCAGACGUCUUCACUAGUGACUGCGUAAAAAAAUGCAAUUAAGUCUAUGACGGAUUGUACAGCGACCCCAGCGGAUACUUUCAAGAACUAAAGUAAGUCUUCAUAGAUUUUUUAAACGCGCUCACUAGUGACGACGUUUGAUGUAAACUCACACUAAUGCUGGAUUUCUCUAAUCAAUCCUAAUCCAAAUUAUACGGAUUUGGAUUGUCAACUGUCAAAUUUUAAUAUGUUUUUGGCCAAAAUAACUGCGGUUUUUGAUGUUUUUACAUUUUUAUAUUGUUUAUAAGACUAUUUAAACAAUAUUAAAGUGUAAAUGCAUCGAAAAUUUUGGAAAUAUAAUCUAAAACUGAAUUCAAUUUGACAGUUGUAAUCCGGAUUUGGACAAGGAUUGAAUAUGGGAAUCGGGCGUAAGCCCUCAGUAGAUAAGUCCCGCGUCGGCUGAGGGCGCGGCCCGCAGCCAGCUCAGUGUUAUAGCCACGAUCUAUUAUUACCAAUAAACUUGGAUGUUA